AUGUCGACAUCAUCACUUCUACUAAACAUUGUAUUAGAUGUCCUAGCAAGAGCAUUACGUCAAGACAAAGAAAUAAAAGGCAUACAGAUUGGAAAGGAAGACAACACGAUUGUCCGAGAGGAAAAUUCCAACUCCACGGGCACCUUCACGUUGGCGGCCUUCUGCUACAUGCUGGUGCUGCUGCUCACCCCCGUGCUUGUCUUCUUUGCCAUCUGGCACAUUGUAGCAUUUGAUGAACUGAACACUGAUUACAAGAAUCCUACAGACCAGUGUAAUACCCUGAAUCCUCUUGUACUUCCAGAGUACCUCAUCCAUGCUUUCUUCUGUGUCAUGUUUCUUUGUGCAGCAGAGUGGCAUACACUGGGUCUCAAUAUGCCCCCCUUGGCAUAUCAUAUUUGGAGGUGUAUGAGUAGACCAGGGAUGAGUGGACCAGGACUCUAUGACCCUACAGCCAUCAUGAAUGCAGACAUUUUAGCAUAUUGUCAGAAAGAAGGCUGGGGCAAAUUAGCUUUUUAUCUUCUAGCAUUUUUUUACUGCCUAUAUGGCAUGAUCUAUGUUUUGGUGAGCUCUUAG